UACCAGGCCCCAUCAGUCUACUAUGCUGGUAUUCCCGGCAUGCAUGGCAAACCUGGUUCCCCUGGGAUACCAGGCCGCGACGGACGAGAUGGCCGUGAAGGAGCCAAAGGUGACAAAGGUAUCCCAGGGAAGACUGGACCCCAGGGGCCUCCAGGACCUAGCGGAAACCUUGGUGUUAAUGGAAAGGAUGGCGCUAAAGGGGAACGCGGAGCCCAAGGACCCCCAGGACAAAAGGGGGAACGCGGGGAGAGUGGACUAAGUGGAACCCCUGGGAAUCCAGGUCUGAUGGCUUUUAAAAACUGGAAGGAAUGCGUUUGGAAAAACAUCAAUGAUGACAAAGAUCAAGGGCUAAUCAAGGUAAACAUAUUUUUCUUUACCUCUUCAUUAUAUCAAGGUCUAAUCAGGGUUAAAGAGAAGCUUUUUAUUUGUUUUCAUAAAGAAGGAAAAAUAAUAACCACUGACUAAUAAUAAUAGUAAUAAUAAUAUAAAUAAUAACACUAAUAAUAAUACUAUAGUAAGUGUUUAUUGAGGAUAUAUCCAUUACUAGAAAUAUGGCUCAUCACUUGUUAGUAACUAAUACACUAUCACUGUCAUACUAAUUUAUAAAAUCAAUUGGGUGUAGGUUAUCAUUACUAUAAAACAACACCUUGCUAUAAAAUUAUGAAAAAUGAAAUGAUAAUGAAACAAUAGCAUCAGAAAUCAAAGAAAAACUAGGGGACAAGAAGAAGAAGCUCAAGGGCGUGAAUAAAUCGUGACCAGUUUUCAUUUCCCUUGCCUCUAAGCACCAAGUCUGUUUCUCUUUUUUGUAUAGGAAUGUGUGUUCAGCAAAAACUUCUCUGACACAGCCCUUCAUGUGUACUGGACUGGUACACUUAGAGUCUAUACUAAUAGUGGCUGUAAACGCUGGUACUUUACUUUCAACGGUGCAGAAUGUUCCGCUCCCCUACCCAUUGAAGGUGUUGUUUACGUGGUCAGCCAAUCUCAAAACCCUCAUCGCGUCCGCCACAUUGAAGGCUACUGUAAUAACAUUCACAAAGGAAAGGUGCGAGUGGGAUUCUGGGUUGGUAAAUGCCAAGGGUACAAUGGAAACUAUGACGCCUACACUGGAUGGAUAUCUGUGUCCCGCAUCUUCGUAGAGGAGGUUCCCAAAGCUCAAGCUUAG